CCGAACUGCAGGCGCCCCGGGAGAGAAGAUAUGGCUGGACUGUGCGUUAGCGUGCGGGCACCGGCAGCGGCACUCCUGCUUUUUCUCGCCACCGUCUCUGGAUCCACCGACCCUAGCGGGGCGUCGCGGAUCCCUUCCCAGUUCAGCGAGGAGGAGCGCGUCGCUAUUAAAGAAGCACUGAAAGGUGCCAUCCAGAUUCCCACAGUGUCUUUCAGCCAUGAGGAAUCCAACACCACAGCCCUUGCAGAGUUUGGAGAAUACAUUCGCAAAGUUUUCCCUACAGUGUUCCACAGCAGCCUUAUCCAACAUGAAGUCGUGGCAGAGUAUAGCCACCUAUUCACUGUCCAAGGCUCAGACCCCAGUUUGCAACCCUACAUGCUGAUGGCUCACUUCGACGUGGUUCCUGCCUCUGAAGAAGGAUGGGAGGUGCCCCCGUUCUCAGGCCUGGAGCGUGACGGCUUCAUCCAUGGCCGAGGCACACUGGACAACAAGAACUCCGUGAUGGCAAUCCUGCAGGCCUUGGAGCUCCUGUUGAUCAGAAACUAUAGACCCAGAAGAUCUUUCUUCAUGGCAUUUGGCCAUGAUGAGGAGGUGUCUGGGACAAAGGGAGCUCUGAAGAUCUCAGCACUCCUACAGGCUAGGGGUGUUCGGCUGGCCUUCCUUGUGGACGAGGGGAGUUUCAUCUUGGAAGAUUUUAUUCCAAACCUCAAGAAGCCCUUUGCCAUGAUUUCACUCUCAGAGAAGGGUGCGCUUGAUCUGAUGCUCCAAGUAAACAUGACUCCAGGCCACUCUUCAGCUCCCCCAAAGGAGACAAGCAUUGGCAUCCUUUCCGCGGCUGUCAGCCGACUGGAGCAGACACCCAUACCGAACAUGUUUGGAAGUGGGCCGAUGAAGAAGGCAUUGAAGCUACUGGCAAAUGAGUUUCCCUUCCCUGCCAAUAUAGUCUUGAACAACCUGUGGCUCUUUCGGCCCAUUGUAAGCAGGUUAAUGGAGAGGAAUCCUGUAACCAACGCGCUGGUCAGAACCACCACAGCCCUCACCAUAUUCAACGCAGGAGUCAAGGUGAACGUCAUUCCCCCAUUGGCUCAGGCUACAAUCAACUUCCGGAUUCACCCUUCGCAGACAGUACACGAGGUCCUAGAACUCGUCAAGAACAUCGUGGCUGAUGACCGCGUCCAGCUGCAUGUGUUGAGAUCCUUUGAGCCCCUGCCGGUCAGCCCUUCAGAUGCCCAGGCCAUGGGCUACCAGCUGCUUCAUCAGACCAUACAGUCUGUCUUCCCGGAAGUCAAUAUUGUUGUCCCCGGUAUUUGUAUUGCCAACACAGACAGCCGGCACUAUGCCAACCUCACCAACGGCAUCUACCUCUUCAACCCCAUUUUCCUGCAGCCUCAGGGCUUCAGUAGUAUCCAUGGAAUCAACGAGAAGAUCUCAGUCCAGAACUACGAGAACCAGGUGAAGUUCAUCUUUGAGUUGAUCCAGAAUGCUGACACCUACAAGGAACCAGUUCCUCACCUGCACGAACUAUGAGGCGAGGCCCCAGCUGGGUGAGAGGUGCCAGCACUGGGCCAGGACUAACCUGCGGGCAGAGAGAGCUGGUUUUGACAAAAGGUUUGGUGGAAACCACCUUGUCAUGCAGAUUUCGUCGGCCUAGCUCCCUCCUCCACUCACCAUAGAACAAGCUCCAAGGAGGCAGAGAAGAUGCGCAGAUCUAGCCUGACAUCCCCCGGACGGACGACGUCUAUACUCUUCCCGAGUGGCCUCUCCUGCCUCUGACCUGCCUCAGAAGGUGUUGGCCUGACUCAUGCUGGUUAUUUAACUAGUCUGCCUUCCCAGCCUGCCUUAACUUCACAAAUGCAGAUUUUGGAAACAUCUCAAGCAGGUUUUAUCUAGAUGGAACGCUAACUUGAGCUGAACUGUUCUAGAAUUUCCUUUCUCCCGUCACCCGCUCUCUUCGUGGACUUGGGACCUGCCUUUCCUACCUCUGCUGUGCUUCCUUCCUCCAUUCUCUAUCUAGUCCACAUCUGAGUAACUCGGUCAGACUGAGACGCUCCCCCAAGCACGGUCGGUCAAAUAAAGGGGUCUGUGACAGGUGAGCCUGAGGGGAGGCUCUGAGGGAACCCCAGAACUCCUGGUUCCAGAGGCUGGGGCCUGAAAAAAGCAAGCUGCUGUCCUCGGGCUCCUGGAACUUUCCUCCCCUCUCUGCCCAGUUCCUGCCACCUGCUGUUGCCGCCCCACCCCAGGAGGCACUAAUCUGUGGAAACGGUUCCCUGGCACAGCCUUAUUUACCCAGGUCCCCACAGGAACUCAUGAUCCAGCCUCUCACUGGAGCCCAGAACCAGCAGAGCCGUGGCCCUGGCACCAUGUCCUGUUUCAGAAUGACCAAGGGGACGUGGGGGUCAAGAAAGGGGGUGGCUAGAGGGGCUCCUCCCUGGGCAAGAGAGGCAAGGGGAGGUCACCUCCAAGAGAGCCUAGCAGAGCUCCUGUCUUCUCUGGGGACUCCAACCCUAGGCGUAUUUGAAUCUGCCCAGUAGCUGCCAGGUGGGGGGCAUUGGAAAGCAGCAUUUCUUGGCGCCAGGCCAGGAUCUGUGCUUUGUGGGUCACAAGGGAGUCGAGGUCACAAGGGGAGACACAGAAGAGGUACUGAAAGGCCUCCCUCUUUUUCCCUCUCCAAGUGAGGGCCUUCCAUGUCUCCUAAGGGUUUGGUAGCACUGGGUUUCCUUGCCCCCCCCACCUCAGAACCCCCAUUCUCCCUCCCCCAGAGCCCUUACCUUCCUCCCGUAGAUGUGAACUGCUCCUUGCAGCUCUGGCUUAAUUGGCAGUGUUAGGAACAGAGUGGGGAUUAUUCAGGCCUUUUUUGUUACUCCUGCUGAGAUUCACAUUCCUUCCCUGGCUCUCCCUUUUUGGCCACUCCAGUACUUAUUCAGCCUUUGCUGGAGGGCAAGCUUAAGAACAAAAAUAACCCUUCACUUUUGUGCAGAGCCCUACAAAGUAGUCCCGUGCACCUUAUCUCAGCUCUGUGAAUACGCUGUUGGCACUCCUUCCUACAGAGAUGGACUGGAUUCUGAGUGGGUUGCACAUUGAGCUGGAAACGGUUGCUUGAACCCACGUUACCUGGCUCCCAAAGGCACCACUGGUCUCUGAUCCUGACUCACCUACUCCCCACUGAUUUCUUAUUUAAUUCUCAUAACAACUACUGAGGUGUGAGUGUGUCCCCCACAUUUGUAGGUUGUAAACUCAGUCACAGGAGAAAAGUGCCCGGAGGAAGGAAACAUAACGACUGUGGUCUGCCUUUGUGUGGCUGUUAGGAUUAAGACAAGGCCAUUGGGGCUGAGCCUCAUCAUUGACUUCUUUGUGGCUUUUUAAGAAUAGAGUUUGAGAAAAUUGACACGUUUAAUCUGAUUUGGACAUCCCACCAUGAAUACGUGUGUCGAAAUAUCACACAGUACCCCAUUAAAAGAGAGAAGGGGAGGGGGGAGACCAGAAGACAGACAAGUUCAUACAUGCAUUCCCUGCAUCUUGCCAUGUGAUGCCCUAUGCUCUCUCCACCGGGGCAAACCAGUGCUCCCCACAGGAUUUUAAAGCUGCAGGGCUGUGAGCCAAAACAACCCCACUUUCUUUAUAACUCAGCCCAGUUAGCAGUAUUGUGUCCUUGGAAACAGAAAACUGAACAGCACAACUCCGAUGUGCUAUUGCUUAUUUUAUAAAUGAAGUCCCAGGUUUACAGAUGUCAAGGUUGCCCAAGGUCAUGCAGGUGCUAAGGACAGGGUCUCUCUGAACCCAAAGUCUGCAAUGAUAGUUGUUCUGAAGAGAAAACAGACUCCCCAAAAGCCCAAGGUGACAGGAUGCUUAAGGGACUGUUGUAGGACUAGAAGGAGGUCCAGAUCCCCAAGUCCUGCCUCCCCUCACCCCCAGAAACUGUGGGGUUUGGCUUAUUCCUUGUGACCCAGGGAAAUGCAGAGAACAAAGACUCCUCCAUCUGGAAUUAUUUCCUUGCUCUAGUUCUCUGUUCCCCUGGCUAACCUCCCCCUAUUCACACCUCUCCCUGUCUGCCCACAUGCAUUUCUUCCUGCCCUCCUCCCGCUCUCUAGGUUCAGCUCUUUUCCCUUCUUUGAGAACAAUCGAGCCUCUAAUUAUCCUUGAGUGACAGGAGGAGAAUGAGCAGGGAGCUUGUCCCCGUCCAUCUUACUUCCUUUUCCAGCUUUAGAAAGGAAAAGCUUUCUGAAACCCCCAAUGGGAAGAAGGAGGCUUGAGAGGGAAGGGCUCAGAGUCCCUGAGAACUCAAGCCAGGGCGGUGGCCCUGAAGGCUCCUAGAGGAGGUGGCCCAAAGCGUUAGCUGGCGUGGCUAGAAUUAGACUCUGCAUAAGAUGGACAAUAAAUCUGAGGUAUUCCUCCAACCCCCACCCUACCCAUCUGCCAGUCCCCAAGUUCACUUGAAAGAGAGCCAGCAUACAUAUACGACGAACAUAUCCCAUGACCCUAAUCAAGAAAAAGCUCAAGCUUUCUACUUAGAUCUCACUGCAUUCCUGCCUAGGUGGGAAGCAAGACAAAAUAUGUGUAAUCAAAGAUGGGGAACCCAAAUUGGGCUGCGAUCUUUGAUUGUGAGUCUUGAGCUAAAAAUAUUUUUAUUUUUAUCUUUGAGACAGGGUCUCACUAUGUAGC